AUGCAUAUGUGCGAGCAACCCUACAGUGGUUACCCUUUAUCCUUUUUUUCACUUUCUUUACUCCUAGAUCUACGAAAUCCAGAGGCAGCACUGUCUCCCACCUUCCGCAGUGACAGCCCAGUGCCUACUGCACCCACUUCUGGUGGCCCUAAGCCCAGCACAGCUUCGGCAGUUCCUGAGCUAGCUACAGACCCUGAAUUAGAGAAGAAAUUGCUACACCACCUCUCUGAUCUGGCCUUAACAUUGCCCACUGAUGCUGUGUCCAUCCGUCUUGCCAUCUCCACGCCAGAUGCCCCUGCCACUCAAGAUGGGGUAGAAAGCCUCCUACAGAAGUUUGCAGCUCAGGAGCUGAUAGAGGUAAAACGAGGUCUCUUACAAGAUGAUGCACAUCCUACUCUUGUGACCUAUGCUGAUCAUUCCAAGCUCUCUGCCAUGAUGGGUGCUGUGGCAGAAAAGAAGGGCCCUGGGGAGGUAACAGGGACUAUCACAGGACAGAAGCGGCGUGCAGAGCAGGACUCAGCCACAGUAGCUGCCUUUGCUAGCUCUUUGGCCUCUGGUCUGGCCUCUUCAGCAUCAGAAGCAGCCAAGGAGCCAACCAAGAAAUCGAGGAAACAUGCUGCCUCGGAUGUUGAUCUGGAGAUAGAGAGCCUUCUGAACCAACAGUCUACUAAGGAACAACAGAGUAAGAAGGUCAGUCAGGAGAUCCUAGAGCUAUUAAACACAACAACAGCCAAGGAACAGUCCAUUGUUGAAAAGUUUCGAUCACGAGGUCGGGCCCAAGUACAGGAGUUCUGUGACUAUGGAACCAAGGAGGAGUGCAUGAAAGCCAGUGAUGCUGACCGGCCCUGCCGCAAGCUGCACUUCAGACGAAUUAUCAAUAAACACACUGAUGAGUCAUUAGGUGACUGCUCUUUCCUUAACACAUGUUUCCACAUGGACACCUGCAAAUAUGUUCACUAUGAAAUUGAUGCUUGCAUGGAUUCUGAGGCUCCUGGGAGCAAAGACCAUACACCUAGCCAAGAGCUUGCUCUUACACAGAGUGUUGGAGGGGACUCCAAUGCAGAUCGACUCUUCCCUCCUCAGUGGAUCUGUUGUGAUAUCCGCUACCUGGACGUCAGUAUCUUGGGCAAGUUUGCAGUUGUGAUGGCUGACCCACCCUGGGAUAUUCACAUGGAGCUGCCCUAUGGGACCCUGACAGAUGAUGAGAUGCGCAGGCUCAACAUACCAGUACUGCAGGAUGAUGGCUUUCUCUUCCUCUGGGUCACAGGCAGGGCCAUGGAGUUGGGCAGAGAAUGUCUGAACCUCUGGGGUUAUGAACGGGUAGAUGAAAUUAUCUGGGUGAAGACAAAUCAACUGCAGCGCAUCAUUCGGACAGGCCGUACAGGUCACUGGUUGAACCAUGGGAAGGAACACUGCUUGGUUGGUGUCAAAGGAAAUCCCCAAGGCUUCAACCAAGGUCUGGAUUGCGAUGUGAUCGUAGCUGAGGUUCGUUCUACCAGUCAUAAACCAGAUGAAAUCUAUGGCAUGAUUGAGAGACUAUCCCCUGGCACUCGCAAGAUUGAGUUAUUUGGACGACCACACAAUGUGCAGCCCAACUGGAUCACCCUUGGAAACCAACUGGAUGGGAUUCACCUAUUAGACCCAGAUGUGGUUGCCCGGUUCAAGCAAAGGUAUCCAGAUGGUAUCAUCUCUAAGCCUAAAAAUCUAUAGAAGCACUUCCUUAUAGAGCUAAGCACCUACACCCAUGGCUCUGCAGGCUGCAUCUGAAGAGUAAUAUUUGUACAGUAGUUUUUUUUCCCCUUAUUUAAAUAAAAGUUUGUAUUGUAGUUGGGAUUUCAAGGUCAAAACCUGGCUGUGCCACUAACCGUGUGUGAUCUUGUGUAACCUAUCUCUCAGUACGAUUUCUUAUAUGUAAGCUGGGAAUGUGACCUACCUCAUUGGGUUAUUGUAAGGGUUCAAACUAAAUGAGUGCAUGGAAAGCAUUAAAAUGUUGAUUAUACUAUAUAGGAUCAAAGUGGUUAGCAGUUAGUACUAUGUGACAACAUAAUCAAGAAGGGGGUUCUCUGGGACAGCUUUUCUUAAGGUAAGAUUUGAUUUCACUUCAGGUUAUCAUCAUUAGGGCUAACAUGCUCUAAAUAUUUGUUUACUCUUUUACAGUUAUGUGGCUUUGCUUGUCUUUCCUUUUUAAAAAUGCAUCCCUACGGUGUACAGAGAAUUAGCAUAUAUAUUAUGUAAGUGAAA